GUUUUCUAUAUAUUUUCUUAAAUUUUAGCCAUCGACUGACUAACUGAUUGGAUAUGUAAAGUGAUCAACGUGAAAUUUGACGGAACAUGGAAUUCGUGGAUUUAUUAAGAAUUACAUUAUUACUUCCUAUAUAUUUUGUAAAUUGUGAAAGUAUUUUCGUAUCUUUAGGAAUAAUCGAUCAAAAUGGUUGUAUUUUCUGUAAUUUUUUCUCUGGUUAGUUAAUAAUAAAAACCAUUGAAAUUCUUAAAUAAUUUUCGACGCAUUUUGGAGGAAGGAUAACGAGGAAAAGAAAAAAGUUUGGCGUUUGAAGUGGAUGAGGCUUCUGGGAGUGUCAACAAGUACCGAAGCCAAGGAGCUGUAUGCAUGCCAGAGGCACUUUUCCCCGAGAUAUCGGAACCUUCGUAAACUGUCUAAGGGUGCUAUCCCUGAUUUAAAUUUGCAUGCACCCACAGUAGGUGUAGAUUCAGGUAGAUUAGAAGGACAGGCAGAUAUAAGCGAGCAAAUUAUUUAUUUAGGUUCAGAGGAUUUUAUAACAGUAGAAGGGCAUUGCUUUUCGAUCGAUGAUGAGAUUGAAUUGGAGGUUCCCUUAGAGGAGACUCUUCAACCCUUUCCAAUUGAACAUCCAACUUGUUCCUCUUUAGGCAAGCACAAUGAAUCGCAAUUAGGGGUACGCAACCAAGAAACGCAAACUGAAGAUUAUCUUAGUGAAGAGUCUCCUAGAAAAAGAAAAUAUCGGGAAGAAUUAGAUGAAGCUAAAGUUGAAAUAGAAGGUUUAAAAAAGGUUAUAUUAGAUAAAGAGGAGGAGAUAAGAAAUUUGAAAAGCCAAAGCUUACCUGUCCUGCGGCAGGUUCGCAACUGUCAAAUCGAUGCAGUAUGCAGUAAAAUGCCUCCACAUCUCGCAGCGUGUGUGAGAGGUGUGCAUAAAUAAUGAUGGCCGGC